GGUUGUUUUUAAGAGCUUUGCCUGAUACGAAAUCAUUUCGUAAAAUUCCAAUAAAAAAUCAAACAAUUAGUGUGGCUCUUCAUUAUUUUUAUAUUUUGGAUAUCCAUUGACGUUGGCUCAGACUACCUUUGAACGCCGUGCGUGGAGCAAUUAAAUUUUCGACUACGGAUACUCGUCGACUCUGAGGUUCAACGACAUGCUGGCCUGCAUCAUUUUAAUCGGAUGGCUGCUGAUGGUUUGGAUAUACUUCCUGUGGAGCCGGCGAAGGUAUUAUAAAGCCGCAUGGCAGUUACGUGGACCCAUUGGCUGGCCGCUGAUAGGCAUGGGCUUACAGAUGAUGAACCCGGAGACCUUUUUGCAGUACAUGGAUGGCCUGUCACGACAAUUUAAGGCUCCCUUUAUUUCCUGGAUGGGCACUAAUUGUUUCCUCUACAUCAACGAUCCACACAGUGUGGAGCAGAUUUUUAACUCGACACAUUGCACCAAUAAGGGGGAUUUCUAUCGAUUCAUAAGUUCGGCUAUAGGUGAUGGACUAUUUACAUCCAGUUCUCCUCGUUGGCACAAACAUCGUCGCCUCAUUAACCCCGCCUUUAGUCGCCAGAUACUCAGCAACUUUCUGCCCAUUUUUAAUGCGGAGGCACAGGUCCUGCUGGAGAAGCUGGAUAUUGAAGGUGUACAGCAUGGCAAGCGGCUAGAAAUCUAUCAAAUCCUGAAGAAAAUCGUCUUGGAAGCAGCUUGCCAGACAACGAUGGGUAGGAAAAUGAACUUCCAACACGACGGAUCUAUGGCAAUAUUUGAAGCUUAUAAUGGCUUAACCGAAGUGUGUGUGAAACGCAUGUUGUCGCCCUGGCUUUAUCCGGAGCUUUUAUACCGACGUUCACGACUUUUUCGCCUGCAGCAAAAGGUUGUUGGCAUACUCUUUGGGUUUAUAGAACAGUUACUCGAACCGAUUGUCUCGGUUGUGGCUGCCAAUGCCAAUCCGGAACAGCAGCGACCGGAACAGGAGAUGAGAGGCAAGUCCAAGGCCAUUUUUAUCGAACAGGUGCGGGAGCAUGUGGAACGCGGUCAGCUGAGUUGGCAGGAUGUGAGGGAUGAGGCCAAUGUCACCAUUGCGGCGACUUUUGAAACCACAUCGACGGCUUUAUACUUCACCAUUCUAUGCCUGGCCAUGCAUCCUUGCUACCAGGAGAAGCUUUACGUGGAACUGGUAAGGGAGCUUCCACCUACAGGUGAUAUAUCGUUGGAACAACUACAACGGCUGGAGUACACCGAAAUGGUCAUUAACGAGGCGAUGCGCUUGUUUGCUCCUGUGCCCAUGGUAUUGCGAUCGGCGGAACAGGAUAUCCACCUGAAGCGGGAUGAGGAAGAGUUCCUUAUCCCUCGUGGCACUCAGAUCGGCAUCGAUAUCUACAAUAUGCAGCGGGAUGAACGAGUAUGGGGUGCACUUUCGCGUACCUAUAAUCCGGAAGCGCAUUUUGGAUUGGACGCUCCACCAAGGCACGCCUUUGCCUUUGUUCCAUUCACCAAGGGAUUGCGCAUGUGCAUCGGCUAUCGCUAUGCCCAGAUGCUGAUGAAACUGCUGCUGGCCAGGAUCUUUCGCAGCUAUCGAAUUAGCACCGAAGCCCGCCUGGAGGAACUGCUGGUCAAGGGUAAUAUCUCACUGAAGCUAAAGGAUUAUCCGCUGUGCCGAGUAGAGCGGAGAUAA